UGCUGUGGAACAUGUAGUAAUAAUAGCUACAGGGUGUUGGAUUCCAGCAGGAGCUUCAAUUACAGCAGAUUAAACAAAUUACACCACUACAGUAUGGAAUAUAGACCCACAGGCCCAGAGCCUCAGAGUAAUGGUUCCCUAGAAACCUAAAACCUUUCCUUAUCGGGUCAGUCAUGUAUCAUCAUCAUCAUCAUCAUUAUCAGUCUGAUUGGGAUUAGUGGAUGUCACGAUCGCUCUGUGAUUGGCUGUUGAUUUGAACUGUGUAUUUCUGAUUGGUGCAGGCUCUAGUCAUGCCUCUCUCAACUCCCGCCCCCCCAAAGAGGAAGAAGGCCAACAAGAUCAUUACUGAUCUGACCAACAUCACCCAGGACGAUGAAGAAUCGGACCCCGAGGCAUCAGAGUUUGAUCUGGGCACUAAGAUCAAGACUCCUAAAGACACCAUGCUGGAGGAAUUGUCUCUUAUGACCAACAAGGGAUCCAAGAUGUUCAGGAGGAGACAACAGAGGGUUGAGCGCUUCAUCGUCACCAACGAGAAUAUGCAGAAUCUCCAGAGCCUAGUUCCGUCCCUGGGUUGUGAAAUGAUGGCCCCACCACCCGAGCCUGAACCUGAGCAUGUAGAGGAGGAGGUGUUGGAUAAGGAGGCGGAGAAAGAGAAGAGGAGGCAGCAGUAUGUGCGUACUUAUGUGUCUCCAUGGGAACGGGCCAUGAGGGGAGACGAGUCUCUGACUGCCACCAUGCACCACUGCAUGGCUGGACCACACCCCCCCCACGAAAUGCCCAAGUUUAAGAGCUUCAACAGGUCGGCCCUGCCCUAUGGCGGCUCCGAGAACGGGGGAGGCCACUUGAACUUCGAGCCUCCCGAGAUCCCAUUCGCCCAGGUGGAGGCGGAGUCCCUCCCACUCCCUGCAGGGGACAUUAGGUCCCGCGCCCUCGUUGCAAGCCUCACCCCAUCGGCAGCGAAAAGAAGAGCCAGGGGACACUGA